AUGGCUACUCUUCGCUCCGUGUUCAUCCUCGCGUUGGUCCUCGCCUCGCUCCCCGCGCUCUACGCCGCCUCCGCGCCAAAGCGGGGUGGCGUCGCUGCUUCUGGGGGAAGCGCAGCCGUGGACGCGGCGGCGAGGUGGGGUCGCAAGUUGCUGGAGUCGCGCAGCGGUUCCGCCGCCGCAACCGGCGCGGACGCUGACGUGGACCAGCAGGCUGGCGCGGCGGAAGAGGAGGUAGGCGUGAGGGAGGUGACGGACGGACUGGAUGAGGCGGUGCGCGUGCUGAUGAGCUCAGACGCUGACUUGGAGCAGCAGGGUGGCGCGCAAGAGGGUGAGGAGGUGAAUGAGGAGGAGGUGGUGGGCGGGCUGGAUGAGGCGGUGAGGGUGCUGAUGAGCUCUGAUGCGGACGCGGAGCAGCAGGGUGAAGCGCAGGAGGAGGAGAAUGAGGAGGAGGUGGGCGGGGAGGUGAAUGAGGAGGCAGCGGUGCGGGUGCUGAUGAGGUCUGACACGGACGCGGAGCAGCAGGGUGGCGCGGAGGAGGAUGAGGAGGUGGGGGAGGAAGUGGGGGAGGUGACGGACGGGCUGGAUGAGGCGGUGCGGGUGCUGCUGACGUGGAAGGAGCAGAAGGACGCGGCGGCGGCUGGGAAGAGCACGGGGAAGGGCCUGGGAGGCAAGGUGGGCGACAUUGCGGAAGCGGCGGGGGGGCAAGGUGGGAGACAUCGCGUCGCAGGCCGCGGCGGCGAACGCAAAGGCGAAGGCCUGACGUGGAAGGAGGUGAAGGGCACAUGGAGGGGCACUGGGAAGGGCACGGGGAAGGGCACGGGGAAGGGCACGGGGAAGGGCACGGGGAAGGGCACGGAGAAGGGCACGGGGAAGGGCACGGGGAAGGGCACGGAGAAGGGCACGGGGAAGGGCACGGGGAAGGGCACGGGGAAGGCCAUGGGGGGCAAGGUGGGAGAUAUAGCGUCCCUGGCGGCAGCAGCAAACGCUAAGGUCAGCGGCGGGGUGGUGAAGGCCUGA